AUGCUACUGGCCGUGGAAGGAGGAGGGUUCUUCUCGUCUUCAGCUUCAGGGUACAGCCAUGGCCUCGCCCUCUUGCUGCUCGGGCGGAAAGCUGAGGAGAAGCCCGUCAAGGUCUCGCCGUGGAACCAGUACCGGCUAGUCGACCGGGAGACGGAGCAGGUGUACCACCUGCCCUCCGCCGCCAAGGACCAGGCGCCUCACCUGCCCUCCGCCGCCAAGGACCAGGCGCCUGGGAAAUGUGCUCCCUUCGUCUGCUUCGGAUGCACGGCGAAUGGCCUCGAGGUGGCGUCUCCUCCCAAAGCGUCCUCCAGCAGUGCGCUCGGUGUCGGUACCUCGCAGGAAGAAGCAUCUUGUUCAGCAAACAAGACGUUGACCACUAGUGGUUCCAUCGGUGGCAGUGAGAGACGAGGCUGUCUUAAGAGCAACUCCAAAAGGGAUUCUUUGGAGCACCGUAUAGUGGUCAGCGAGGGUGAAGAACCACGCGAGUCUAUGGAAGAGGUGCAGACCUUGAGAUCUAGCGUGGAACGGAGGAAAGUUCAGUGGACAGAUACAUGUGGAAAGGAGCUUUUUGAGAUAAGGGAGUUUGAAACAAGCGACGAGGGCCUGUCAGAUGAUGAUGCAGAAAAUGAAGGUUUCCGGAAAUGUGAGUGUGUGAUUCAGUAG